UAGUUGCAAAAGUAAACUUUCAGAUUACUUGUGCUAAGUAAGUGACUAUAAGUUAAAUUGUCAUCUCAUACUCGCACGUACCCGGGACGCAUCAAGGAACUAUAGAGUUUGGGGUGCAAAGGGUCGUGUUUCGGUGUGCGGUCUGCAUGUCGGAGUAUCGACCCUAAGCUGAACAUCAUGGUCAAACCCGUUCAUGGCCGUGCAAAGCCAGUAUACCACGCUACGAUUCUGAAAAGGUAAUUGAGGCGGAUCAGACUUUUCUGAUAAAGAGAUGCACAGAAACCAUACUUGCCUGAAAAAUUCCGAAAAAAGGUGUAUGACCCUAAACCUUCAGCUGAACAACGGUUCCUUAUUGUACUGUUCAAGUGCGCUAAUUUCGUCAGCAUCGUCGUUUAUUAAAAGGAAAUCGUUAUAAAAAUAUAGUACAACACACGAUGGCAGCAACUGGAGUACAGAUCGGUAGCUUGUGGGAUCAUGCAGUCAAUAUUUAUCGACAAAAGCAGAAGGAGAAGGAGAAACAGUGCAUUGAAAGUACUAUGUUUUUUGUCGGUAGUCGUCAGGCUGGAAAGACAUCGAUUAUCUACAAGUUCCUCGAACGAACAGAUCAUCCUAAACCGUCCGUGGCACUCGAAUACUUCUUUGGAAGGCGAUCGUUGUUUGGUUCGAGUUCCGAUGUGUGCCACAUCUUCGAGCUUGCGGGUGGCGCUUCCUUCAAAAAGAUGGUGGCAAUACCUAUAACGCCGCAAAAUCUGAUGUCACUAGUUGUCAUACUCGUGCUCGACCUUUCGGUUCCUGACGAGCUUUUCAUAACAAUGGAUACUCUUCUGACGGCGAUCAGAGAACGAAUCAAGGAUGUGAUCGGUCAGAGUGAACAGACGAUACCAGGACUUGCGACAUCCGUCGAUUCCGCAGCCCGUGCACGAAUAGGCGAAAACCAUCAAGACAGAUAUAUAAUGGAUAUCUUUCCCGUUCCGUUGCUAAUACUUGGCACAAAGUACGAUAUGUUUCGAGAUUUUGAACCUGAACAUAAGAAGAUCGUCUGUCGCUGCCUGCGGUUUCUUGCCCAUGCUCAUGGCGCGUCACUACAGUUUGUCAGUCAACAAACCCCAGAUGUGCUUUCUUCACGAGUGCAGGCCGUUCUGAAAAAAAGGGAAAUUGCGAGAGAAAAGCCCAACGUCGAUUACAAUACAGCCCUAAACAUUGCAAUCGCAGAGGAUUCGUUCGAACACAUAGGAAUAUUCGAUGUCACCAAUCGGGCGUCCCUUGAGAUAGCCAAAAAAGCGUGUCGAGAACUCAUGAGGAAGACCUUCGGUGAGAAAGAUAUCGAUAUCCACCCAGAAGAUUCUGGCCGGGAUGCUAACUUUAAAGAGUAUGACAUCGACAUUGUGCUCGCGCAGAAACUUAGGGAACUCGAGCUUGAGGAUAGCUCGCAGAAUCUACUGAAUAUGGAUAUAACUGACCUUUAAAUCAGACAAACAUGCAAUUACCGGCAACAAACAGAGUUCAAUAACACUAUAAUAAUCAAGGUUACUUAAAUGAGAACAGAACAAUUUUGACAUUAGGUUUAUACCAUUAUAGUGUUCGCGCUGAAAUGAUCCAUAUAAUUAUUUGGUGACUUUUUUUGCAAAGCUAAUGACCGAAAUGACGAAAAUGUAUGUUUGUAGCGGCACUUUUAGGUUCAAGAAAAAUGGCAUAAACCCUUAUUCGAGUUUAACGAGGUCGACGAAAGUGUGUUAAAGCAAACGCUAAUUGCAAUGGCCUCUAAAUAGACACUUUUGCGCGGAUCGCCUACAAGCGCCGCUGUACGACUUGGACUGAUUUCAUGGCAUUUCCUGCGUGUGAACAUUCGGUGUACAGUUGUGUUCGGAAUAAGAAGCGAUCCAAGGAAUUCCUAUGGGAAAAUAUAGUUUUAGCGUAGAAUAUAGCAAUGAGAAGCAGGCUGAACUGCAUAGAUGGCACGAGCUGAUUUGCAAUGGGUAUUUCCUAUACAAAGAGGAACAUUGUCAGAGAUAGCGGUAUUGAAAACCGGGGCGGCAGUACUACUGUGUGUUGAUUCUCAAGAUUCACGACUACACGACUUUCCUUUUUGUCUGUUCAAAGAACGCGAAAGCUAGCAGUAUUUAUAAGGGUUGUAUGUUUUCCACGGAUCUACCUAUUAAACAGAUCUUAGCAAACGUAAAUUCUAAUCGGCUAAAUCCCUAGUUUGUGACUCGCAAAGCUAGAAAAAUGGGUCUAAAGGAUGUCGAUAUAAUACAAAGAACUAUUUGAUUGCUGAAAAGACAACGAUAGGAAGAAUUUACGGGUAUAUUUGCUGAUCCAACAUUAUUAUAGUGCGCCUCAUUAUUUUGUUUCAUAAGCUUAAGUUACGUUAUACUAUAUGCUACUAGAAGUAGGUAAACGAAUAAGUUUAAGGCGCAAUUUGUGAACAAUCAGUAGCUUGUAAAAACGUGAGCUUGAAAACUAAGAUAGAGUAACACCUAUGAUAGUGGAACUUAUGACUUAUAAGCGUAGAAAUCUAUAUCUUGAAUAGGACAUUGAGCGCCCUGGAGUUCUACAUGUUGUCGCAUUGUGUUUAGUAACCCAGAUAAAA